GGUGAGCGAUCUCCUAAUUUCCUUUACCUAUUUUUGUAAGCGAAGCAUUUAUUGGUAGAAUGCGUCUUCUACUUCAUCAAACGUGCAGGUUGCGGUUAGAUGCCGUCCAUUUGACGAUCGAGAGAAAGCUCUGGGUGCCACGCGAGUCAUUAAAAUGAUAGAUUCGAAGACGACUGUCAUCCAUAAUCCAACUACUGGAGGGUCUGGAGCGAAGGAGCAUGCGUUCACGUACGAUCGGAGCUACUUUUGGGACACAAAAUCGAGUGAAGUGUAUAACGAACUUUGUCAACCGCUGCUUGAAAAAGCAAUGGAUGGCUAUAAUGCAACAGUCUUCGCUUACGGACAGACCGGAGCUGGAAAGACCUACAGCAUGACUGGUACGGAAGAGGACCCUGGUGUCAUACCACUGAUGCACCAGGACAUGUUCAGGAGAAUUGAAUCAUCACCAUCAAACAUGCAGUUUCUAGUGACUGUAUCAUAUCUAGAGAUUUAUCAGGAAGUCAUUUAUGACUUAUUGAAUCCGAGCGGUAAAGACAUGAAAGUUAGACAGCAUCCACAGCUUGGAAUUUAUGUUGAAGAUCUUGCCGAGCUUGUUGUUCGAAAUGAAGACGAAAUUGCACAGCUUCAGGAGCAAGGAAACAAAGUACGGAAGAUGGCCGCUACAGAAAUGAACCAUUCAAGCUCACGGUCUCAUGCCGUGUUUAUGAUUCAAAUCGAACAGAAGGACUCGGAGGCGGACAACGUGCAAGGUCUGCGAGCAAAGAUUAACUUGGUGGACUUGGCUGGGUCCGAGAGAGCGGACUCAACGGGAGCAGAAGGGAAACAAUUGAAAGAAGGAGCGGCAAUUAAUAAAAGCUUGAGUGCUCUCGGCAACGUUAUAAAUGCUCUUGCUGAUCCAAAGAAACGUACAACUCACGUACCAUAUCGAGACUCAAAGUUGACUCGAAUUCUUCAAGAAUCUCUUGGUGGCAAUUGUGUAACAGUUAUGUUAGCCAUGAUAUCACCAGCAGAUGUCAAUCAUGGUGAGACUCUUUCUACUUUACAGUAUGCUAACAGAGCCAAAAACAUUCAGAAUGUUUCACGAAAGAAUGAAGAUGAGAAUACUCGUAUUAUACGAGAGCUGAGAGAUGAGAUUGCAAGGUUAAGGCAAAGUUUGGCACACAGUGGUGGUGCUGGGCCAAGCCACGAGGAAAUACAGAGGAUGGAGGGAAUGAUCAGUGACUUACAAAUUGCUAAACGACAAACUUGGGACGAGAAAGAAAAACUGUCUGCUAUGUUUGAAGAUGAGCGAAGAAAGAAUCUUGCCAGCAAGGGAAUGCUGGAUUGGGUGAUGGACACUUUGAAAAAGGAGAACAAAGAGGUUCAUGAACGCCUGCAAGCUCUUGGUGAUGAGAAAGAUAAGCUUGCGGCACAGUACAAACUCAAGAAGAAAGAAGUAGAUGACGUCAAGGACGAUCUGCAAACAAAGAUCAAUGACUAUUCAAAAUACGACAAAUCGGAGGCUCAGACUGCAGAGGCAAAGCAGCUAGUUACACAAAUUCAUAAGGUCAAGGAAAGACUGAAGAAGGAGAACGAAGAAUUGAAAGAUCUCAAACAAAAGAUAAGAGAUGUGCAAGAAAAGAUUAGAUCACAGAAAGAAGAUGCUGAAGCGCAUGCCACAUUCUUGGCUGGCAAUCGAGAACUUAGGGAAAUGAUUGAAAAAGAUGAAAGGGAAAAGGUUGAACGAGAAAACAAAAUGUUUCUGUCUGAAGAACUGGACAAGAUGAAGCUUGAAAUUGAACAAGAGAAAGCCGAACUGAAAUUGCGGAUGGUGCAAGAGGGAGCCGAGAUCAACUCUGAACAGUUGGCAAAGGCAGAGAUGGAGCUAAUUGAGCUUCGAGCUGAGAAAUCUAUGAUGACUCUACAGAUUCAAACAUUGGAAAAGGAGAAGCAGCGUUACAGAGAUGUCCUGGAUGAAGCUUACAAGCGACAUAAGGAUGCCAUGGAAAUUCAACAACUGCAACACUUUCAGGCAUUUCGAAGUUAUCGUGAAGUGUUUGAAGAGCAGAAAUUGGUCUUGGAGCAGAGAUUCCGUAGUCUUCUGCAAGACGCCAUCCAAGACGCUGUCUUUCUUGCCACAACCAAUAGUGAGUUGCAACAACAGAAUGAGCAGCUUUGCGAAGAGGUUGCAGGGUUGAAAGACAAGCUAUCUGUGGCUACCGCUGCUGUUCUAUAGAAAUUAUAACAACAAUAUAGAAGCUAAGAACUAUUCAAAUUGUAUUGCCGUGUAUUAUAGAUAGAUCUGUAAGAACUUAUAUAUUCAGUUGGCUUGACGUACUGUAGUUUAAAUUAAUUAAAAUUUU